AUGAGUGACGAUAUCGAAAAGAAGGCUUCCUCCUCUAUGGAGAACGGUUUCAUUACCGAAGAAAAGACUUCGGAGGUGGUUACCUCCAAGUUCGCCUGGUACGACAACAUCAUGUCCAUGUUCAAGGCUGAGACUAGAGGUAUCGAGAGAGUGCCGGAGGACGAGAGAACAGACGAAUCUAUCUGGUCUGCUGCCUCGAUGUGGCUUUCUGCGAAUAUGGUUAUUGCUACCUUUUCCCUGGGAGCUCUUUCCUACCCUGCUUUUGGUCUUGACUUUGGCACGGCUGUCCUGGUUAUCUUCUUCUUCAACCUGUUGGGAGUUUUGCCUGUUGCUUUUUUUUCGUGUUUCGGUGCCAAGUUCGGUCUCAGACAGAUGAUUCUGUCAAGAUUCCUUGUUGGUGACUUCGCCAUGAGAAUUUUUGCUUUUAUCAACUGUGUGGCUUGUGUUGGUUGGGGUGCCGUCAAUAUUAUGGCCUCUGCUCAAUUGCUCCAUAUCGUUAACGAUAACUGCUUGCCUCCAUGGGCUGGUUGUUUGAUUUUAGUUGUGCUCACCAUCAUGGUAACCUUCUUCGGUUACACCGCUAUCCACCUCUACGAGAAGUGGUCGUGGGUUCCUAAUGUGGUUUGUUUCAUUGCCAUUAUCGCAAGAAUGAAGAUCUCUGGUAACUUUGAGGCUGGUCACUGGGGCACUGGAAAGGACUUCGCUGGUGGUGUUCUGUCAUUUGGUGGUACUGUUUUUGGUUUCGCUGCUGGCUGGACCACCUACGCUGCUGACUACACUGUUUACAUGAAGGUCGACUCCAAUCCUUACAAAACCUUCUUUGCUGUGAUGGCUGGUCUCUGUAUCCCAUUGUUUUUCACGAUGGUUUUGGGAGCUGCUUGUGUCACCGGUAUCAAGACUGAUGAGGCCUGGGCUGCCAUGUACGAUGAGUAUUCUAUUGGUGGUUUGGUCUACUCCAUCUUGGUCACCGACUCCUUGCACGGAUUUGGUCAGUUCUUGUGUGUCUUGUUGGGUCUUUCUACUGUCUCCAACAAUAUCCCAAAUAUGUACUCCAUCGCCAUGUGCGCCCAGGCCUUCUGGGGACCUCUCAGAAAGGUUCCAAGAGUCGUUUGGACUUUGCUCGGAAACUGUUUGACUUUGGCCAUCUGUAUCCCAGCCUAUUACAGUUUUGCUGAUGUCAUGGACAACUUCAUGAAUUUGAUCGGUUAUUAUCUGGCCAUCUACGAUGCCAUGUCUUUGUCUGAGCACUUCAUCUACAGAAAGGGUUUUGGUGGUUAUAACAUUGAGGAUUACCUCGACAGAUCAAAGACACCUAUCGGUAUCGCAGGUACAAUUGGAUUCUGCUUUGGUGCUGCCGGUGUCGUCUUGGGUAUGGACCAAGUCUGGUAUGUUGGUGCUAUCUCCAAGCAAAUUGGUGCCGCUGGUGGUGAUAUCGGAUUCGAGUUGGCCGCUUCCUUCUCGUUCAUUGCCUACAACAUUGUCAGACCUUUUGAACUGAAAUACUGUGGUCGUUAA